CUCAUACCCAGAGCCGUUGGAAAGCAAUUCAGCCUGUGCCACCUACAGCCAUUGCCAGCUCUAGGAUGCUUCCGUGUAGGCUCAUGUCUCCAACUCUGCCCCUUUAAUGUAUGUUAUUGGUCAUUUGGUUUUUCAGAUGAAAUCCCCACAGUGGUGGGGAUCUUCAGCGCGUUUGGCCUGGUCUUCACAGUCUCUCUGUUUGCCUGGAUCUGCUGCCAGAGAAAAUCAUCCAAGUCCAACAAGACUCCUCCGUAUAAGUUUGUGCAUGUGCUUAAGGGGGUUGAUAUUUACCCUGAAAACCUAAGUAGCAAAAAGAAGUUUGGAGCAGACGACAAGAAUGAAGUAAAGAAUAAACCAGCUGUGCCAAAGAAUUCAUUGCAUCUCGACCUUGAGAAGAGAGAUCUCAAUGGCAAUUUUCCCAAAACAAACCUCAAAGCCGGCAGCCCUCCCGGUCUGGAGAACGUGACCCCGAAGCUCCUUUCAGAAGGGGAAAGGGAGGGCGUUUCCCCUGAUAGCUUGAAGUCCAGCACUGCCCUUAGCUCAGAAGAGAAACAGGAGAAGCUGGGAACCCUCUUCUUCUCCUUAGAGUACAACUUUGAGAAGAAAACGUUUGUGGUCAACAUCAAGGAGGCCCGCGGCCUGCCAGCCAUGGACGAGCAGUCGAUGACCUCCGACCCAUACAUCAAAAUGACCAUCCUCCCAGAGAAGAAGCACAAAGUGAAAACCAGGGUCCUGAGAAAGACCUUGGACCCGGCUUUCGAUGAGACCUUUACAUUCUACGGGAUCCCCUACACCCAGAUCCAAGAGCUGGCCUUGCACUUCACAAUCUUGAGUUUUGACAGGUUUUCAAGAGAUGAUGUCAUUGGAGAGGUCCUCAUUCCUCUGGCAGGAAUUGAAUUGUCUGAUGGGAAAAUGUUAAUGAACAGAGAGAUUAUCAAGAGAAACGUUAGGAAGUCUUCAGGACGGGGCGAGCUGCUGAUCUCUCUCUGCUAUCAGUCCACCACCAACACUCUCACCGUGGUCGUCUUAAAAGCUCGACACCUGCCCAAAUCCGACGUGUCUGCGCUUUCAGACCCCUACGUGAAAGUGAACCUGUACCACGCCAAGAAGAGAAUCUCCAAAAAGAAGACUCACGUGAAGAAAUGCACCCCCAAUGCGGUGUUCAACGAACUGUUUGUCUUCGAUAUCCCUUGCGAGGGCCUGGAAGAGAUAAGCGUUGAGUUUCUGGUGUUGGAUUCCGAACGGGGGUCCCGCAACGAGGUGAUCGGGCGGCUGGUCCUGGAAGCAGCUGCGGAAGGCACCGGUGGGGAGCACUGGAAGGAGAUCUGUGACUAUCCCAGGAGACAGAUCGCCAAGUGGCAUAUGCUCUGUGAUGGUUAGCACCCUAGCCAUGCGUUGGGACUUAAUGAUUUUUACUAGGCGAGGAGUAAUUUUCUUUCUUCCUGAUAUCUAAUUGCAAGCUUGUGACAGCAAGCUACCUUUUUGUUGUUGUUGUUGUUGUUGUUAGAAAUGGAUUGAGUUAGCAGACCAGAAAGUAACUGUAAAUUAUCAUGGUAAUUUCCCCCUUUCCUAGAGACAUUGGAUAAAUUUUCAUAAGAGAUUUAAUUUCCCCUGCAGGUUACCAGUGAUAUAAAUAAGAGUAGUCAAGCAUUUUAUGAAUAGAGCAGUACAUGGUUAUGUAGCAAUCCCCGUUUAUGGCUGUAGUUUAGGAGGUGACCUCAUAGGAGCAUGUCACUGGAAGUCAAUGGGAUUGUUAAGAUUUAGAAAUGAAAAGCGUGUCUUAUGAAAAUUCAUCCAUUUUUCUUUAGGUGGGGAAAUAAAUUUUUCUUUAGAUCCAAAGAUAUUAAAGAAGUGUUCUCUAGUUUGUUUUUAUUAAUUAUGUCAUGUGCAAAUGGUGUCCUACAUCUAAAAGUAUAUGGUCAUUGCCCUUUGUUUUAUAAUUAUUUGAUGCCAUUUUAUCCUAAGAGGAGUAACUUAGGUUUGCUUCAAGGGGGCGGUGAACAAACUGAGUCAUUAUUUUAUCAAAGGGCUGAGUUGAGAACACUGUGGCUGAAAUACGACUUUUCUCCCCCCUAAGGUUAUAUGUGAGUCAAAUGUUGUAAAAUAUAAUCUCACAUAGGACCAUGGCCUGGAAUUACUCACUGCCUGUCACAAGCAUCGGUGUGGUCUAACAAAGCUCUGUUCACCUUUGUGAAGUUGUUGAAUUAGCUAGUGGGUAAAGAAAGAAACUUCAGGUAGAAAUCCAGUUAGAAAUGACGUUAUCUUAUAUGUGUAGUAUGCAAGUGUGCAUUCAAGGCUUUCCCUGGGACGCAGAGGGCAGGGCUAAGUAAGUCUUCACUAAGUCAUUCUCCAGAAAGGACUAAGAUACUAUCUGAAAACAAACAAACACAAACAAAUAAAGACUGAAGUUUUAACCAUUGCCAGACGAAAAGCAUUGCUUAAACUAACGAACUGGCAAGAUUAAAAAGUAGUUCUACAGCAAGCCUAAUAUAAUUUACAUAUGUUCACACAAAAUAAAUUCAGGCUGUCAAAUUAGCACAAUAAAGUAUGUUUCAGUAUCUUUUCUAGGCUAAUUUGCCUUGAGCUGUUUUCUGUAGAACAGUUUAUCAACAGAAUUGUGUCUUCAUACUGUUUUUCCACUGCCAGGGCCCUGAAAUGCAUUCAAAACCUAGAGUAAAGCAGUGCCCUGUGGCUAUUUGGAAAGAAUGGACUUGAGGUAAUGUGAGUUUUUAGAGAAGUAUGGGUGAAACUCGGGUACAGUUGAAUUAUUAAAUAUGCAAGUUAGAAAAUAAAGUCUACUGAAAAUUUUACAUUUUGAGUCAGGUUUCGUGUCAGUACUUUAGCGGUUUUUGAGAAUGUGUUUGAUAUCUCCGUGUUUGUAAAUUCUAUGACAAUGCAUUUUCAAGGCAACUUAUACAUGCUUUUUAUGACUAUGCUUAAUGUAAAGAAAACGUUUUACAUGUACAAAAAUGGAAACCGACCUCUUUUCUGUGCUUUAAGAUGACUUUGGGAUUGAAAAGACCAUUCCCCAAUCAUUGUCCUCAUCCCACCACAAAGUCACCUCUCAACAUCUUGGUCCACUCAGCAUUUUCGUGAAAGCAACAUGAAAUGAAUUGCCGUCAGUGUGUGGUUUGGGGGAGCCAAUGGCCUUUUUAUGUAUGUAUAUUUGGUACAUGGGCCAUGGAAUAUAAUAUAUUUUAGAGUUUUGAAAACGUGUCAGUAGUCAACCCUAAGCAUCCUUCCCAGCUGCCAGAAGUUAGUGGUGGUACCAAGUAAAGUAUGAUUGUUGGAGGAGGGUGAUUUUUUUUUUUAAAGCAAAACAACAAAACCUACAACAAACACUUUUUAAAUUACAAUGAAUAAUUUGUAAAUAGUUUUUAGUUAUUAAAACUUAAAGUGUUUUUGAGUGUGAAAAGUCUAGUCAAACUAUUUGCAACUGCUUUUAAGUAAAGAAAGAAGAGAAACUAAAAAGUAAUGGAAACAGGCAGGGACAUGUGUGAUCCCAUCAUCUCCUGACAGUUGUCCUGUUUUAUAAUGUAUUACAAUAUCAAUGUGAAUAUCUUGAAUCCUGUUACCAAUCCUGCACUGUAUUAAACAUGUAAAUUAAUUUGUUUGUCUAAUUAGCCGAUCUCACCGCCCUCAUGGGGAGGUGCUCCCAUUUGAAGAACUGUGUAACUCAGUGACUGACUUGUUCUGAUGUUGUAACUCAAUAGAAGUGAUUUGGAAGGAAGCAUGGCGUGUGAGAUGGUGUCUGUCCUUUUGUGCCAGCAAUGUAUGAUGUUUGUAAGACGAUGUUUGUAAGACAUGAAUAAAUUGCUGCUUUUGCCCAACCCAUUUUA